CUGUUCCAUAUAGAACGUCUGUUUUUAUUCAAAACCAUGGAAUCUCUCAUAAUAAAACUAUUUGACAUUUUUUAUUUAAAAAAAAAAAUACCAAAUCAUGUCGACUAUUUCAAUGAAAAGGUUUUUAAGUGAAUGAAUAGUUUUAAUGAAAAGUCGUGAACGCGAAAUGCAAGGGGACGAGAAAUUGACUUGUUUAAACACCCAUUUAACUUUGGGACUUCAAGCGACUAAUGUCAACGUUGCAAUUCGUCUAAGACCUCCUUUGAAGGAGAAUUCGAGUCAGUCCUCUUUUGUUGUUUCUCCAAAUCAACGAGAUAUUUUGGAUACAAGUCGUGGUGUGACAUAUACUUUAGAUGCCAUUUUUGAUCAAACCAAUUCCACAAAAGAUGUAUUUGAUAGUGUUGUGAAACCCAUUGUCGAUUCUUGCGUUGAAGGAUUUAAUGGAACAGUGUUAGCGUAUGGUCAAACAUCUUCAGGAAAAACCCAUACAAUGCAAGGGGAUCCUACAGUGAAACAAGAAGGGAUUAUUAGCUAUUCUUUAAAAGAAAUUUUUAAUCAAAUUCAUUCGACGACUUUAAUAAAUUUUUCCAUUACAUUAACUUAUGUUGAAGUUUAUAAUGAAACACUUAUAGAUCUUAUAGGUCCAACGUUACACGGAAAUCAUGUGAAAAAUUGGCAGGACGAAAACAGUGGCAUUCUAUCCGUUCAAGACAAAAUGUCAACAUUUUCUUGUCAACGAAAACGCUUACCACAAGUGACGAUUGUUGAAGGCAACGAUGGUUUUCUGGAAUUAAAAGGAGCGACAGUUUUUAAAGCAAAAUCAUUUGACGAGACCGUGACGUUUCUAGAAUCUUGUGAUAAAUCGCGUCAUGUUUCCGAUACACAUUUAAAUGAAAGAAGUUCACGAUCUCAUACUAUUUUGACACUAAGAAUCGAAUCCAACAUACAAUCCACGCCACACUUGCAUUCACCGAAUGACAUGCAGAAAGAGAAUUGCGGAUUUACUUUGCGCGUGGGUUUAUUAAAUCUUGUGGAUUUGGCUGGCUCUGAAGGCGUUAGUCGAUCUAAAACAGAAGGGUUAAAACGUUUAGAAGGAUCUAAAAUUAAUCGCAGUUUAUUAGCAUUAACACGGGUUAUAUCACAAAUAGUUCAACGUCAACAAAGAUCUGAAAAAGAAGAUAUCGCUCCUUCGCAUAUCACUUAUCGGGAUAGUAAAUUAACAAGACUUCUUUCGAAUAGUUUAGGAGGCAAUUCGAAAACGCUUAUCAUUUGUUGUUGUUCUCCUGAAUUGUGUGACGCACGGGAAUCCAUUUCAACGCUCGAAUUUGCGUCCCGAGCAAAAUGCAUUCGUAAUAAAGCAAAGGUCAAUUUAAUUGAAACAUUACCAACUUCCACUGGACGCAUUCACGAAGAAAAUUUACGUUUACGUGAAGAAGUGUUACAAUUACGCGCAGGACUCGUAACGGAAAAAAUUAAAAUACGUUCCAACGGUGAUGUGGAUUCUCCUCAUACUUCUUUUGACGUUUUAUCGCGUCGUAAACGCCUCUGGCUCCCUUCUGGGUAUGAGCGAGAAAAAGAAAGCGUCUAUUUGUUUAAAAAAAUCUCCAAAACUAGAAUGUGUAAGUUACAGUCGCAGACAUGCACUGGUCCAGUGCGAAAAGUUUGUGUUAUUUCCCCGAGACAAGUGAAGGGAAAUGUGUUUUCUUGUGAGAGCACACCACGCCUUCAUGAUUUGACGCGUACGGGUUGUGUGACAUUACUGGAAGGUCUUAACAAAAUGUGUUUACCUAGCACGUUUUGUCACAGUCAAUCUUGUGUCACGCGUAGUAGCGUUCUAUGCCUAGCUGAAAUUCUCACUACACAACCCCAUCAAAGCGUGGACGGUACGCAGGAAAAGGACAAUUUCAUUCAAUGUGAGAAGGACUUAAACAGCACAGUGAAGCAUUGGACUGUUGUUCGUCAUGUCGAAAAGGUGUUUCUUGGAACAAACCAGACACUCCGAUGGUGUGAAGAUUGCCAAAAUUAUGAAAGCGCACACACUCCUUGUAUUACACAACUGCUCAAAGAAAAGCAUGAAAAGGAACGACAAUUGUUAGCUCGAACGUUAGAACAGAAAUAUGUUACGGAAAUAUGUACGUUACGAGAAGAAUUAAUUGAAAUGAAAAGGCAAAAUCAUGCUCAACUUUUGAAGCAAAAAAAAGAAUGGGAAGCAACCUUUGAAGAUUGGAAAACAAAAAAACUUCAACAGAUUGAGGAAAGUCAUGCGUUAAAAACAACAUUACGUUUAAACGAGAUCAAGAAGGAGUAUGAAGCCAAAAUUGAGGCAAUACAAAAAGAUGUCGUACGACAAGAGAAACAAGUGCGCGAAACCUUGGAAAAAGAAUGCCUUUUAAAGUUGGAUCAAGAACAAGAAACAUUUAAGAAAACGUUAGAAACGUUAUAUGAAGAAAAUCUUAGAAAAACGAAACAGGAAGCAGAAGAAAAACUCGUCGCAUUACAAUCCUCGUAUGAGUUGAAUUUACAAGAAAAUAAAAAGCGCGAUCAAGGGCAAUUCUGGAAACUGCAACAAGAACAACUUUUAGAAUAUGAGGAAAACCUAAAGAAAUGUAAGGACAAUCUCGUAGCCAAAUUACGUGAAGCGCAAGAAAAAACAGACAUGUUUGAACAAUCGGCUUAUACGCUACAGAAACAAUUGGAAGACAAUCAAAGGGACUACGAAAUGAAGCUGUUGAAAUCAACAAAACUUAUAGAAUCAUUACAAGGAACACUAAGUCAGAAUGGUUUUCUGUUAGAAGACAAUUUGUUUUUACAAAAAAAAAUUGACACUUUGACUUACCAAAUCGACCAAAUGUCCUCUCAUGUACAAACACUGGAAAGCCAAAAGGAGAAGUGUGUUCAGGAAUUUCAAACGUAUUGUGGUCAACUUGAAAGAGAGAAGGCUUUGUAUGAAAGUCAUGUAGAAGAAACACUUCAAAAAGACUACGAAGAAAAGAUGAAUGAAUUCCAGAAAUCUGUGACAGUCAAAUCACAGUCACUGAAAACGUUAGAAGAAAAAAUCAUUCAACAACAAGUUCAAAUCAAUGGUUUGCUACAAACACUACAAGAAUGUCAACAGAAAGUCCAAUGUUCAGAAAAACAGCAUACACAACUAACUGAAAAUUAUCUUUCUUUACAAGAACAACUUGCACAAUUGGAAAAAGAGAAAAGUACGUUUGAGGAGAAUUCGGCCACAUGUCAGGAUUCUUUGAAUUAUUGGAAGCAAGCUGAGAAGCAAAGUCGGGAGUAUUGGACAAAAUUGUUACAACAAAAGUGUACAUGGAUUGACCAAUGUCUUACAGGAAAUCUGGAAAAUCUGACGAAUCAUCAGGCAUCUGAACAGUCUUUACUUUUAGAAUGGGAAGCGUCAUUACAAGACAAUUUCUCGGUGACAUCACUGAUGUGUGUUUUUUCAAUGGAUAUUUUUUCGUCUUAUGUGACGUUAUUGGAAAUAAGUUUGAAUGAUCUGGAGAAUCAAAUUGAGCAACAUAGCACUCUUCAAGAGUCUAUUCAUUUAUCGGACAUGAUUUAUGCAACGCCCUCCGUUCAUCCUGUGACUGAAGCCAUUUUCAAGGAUCUCGAUGGAACUAGCGUUCCAUUUGAACUGUGUUUGAGCUUGGUUAACAGGAUAGACUAUCAACAAGACCUUUUCUAUUUCACUUUUGACAUAACGCACACCAUUACAGCCUACUGGAAAGAAACCUUACAAAAAAGUGAACAACGAGUAGAGCAAUACUCUGAAGAUUUGCAAAAAGAAACCCAGCAGCUUUUUGCCGUACGACAAGAAUUGGAAGUGUAUCGUCAAGAAGAAAAAGAACGUCAAAAACAGCAAGACAAAACGUUGCAAAAGUUAGUACACAAAAUACAACAGAUCACUCCCCAAAAUACCCUUCAUGCUUCCACCGAUACGUUGGAUUUAUCUGCCGUUUUCAACGCAACGCGUGAAAACAUGGAGACAGUCAAAAACAAUGAGGAGCAAGCGCUACAUUUGAUGCACGAUAAACAAACAAGGAUGCUUGAGGAUAUAAAACUUUCCUAUGAGGAAAGGCUGAGUGCAACUGAAAGUUUAGUCACAGCUUAUAAAAGGAACGUCCAAGACUUGACUGAAAAGUUGGACGCACUUUAUAAAGACUACGAUGCAUUACGAAAGGAACAAUCAAAACAUUGGAAAGAAAUGGACGAUUCAAGACACACUAUUGAACAGUUAGAAAAUGAAAUCUUGUAUUGGAAAACAAAAGAAAACGACAGCCUCCAAGCACAGACGGUAAACCACUGCAACUCUCAAACUACGAAGCCUUCACCGUCUCAGACAGCGCAUAAAAUUCGUAGUGUUCUGAAAUCUACACAAUCCACGCCCCAUUUCAAGUAAUUUUAAUUUCAACUAAAUGUCACAUUGGCUUUUCAGCACGUUGCAAUCAAUUGUGGUUUUUUUUUUUUAUGGUUCUUUGAACAUGAUGAAAAGUGAUAGUU